GUGAACACAUUUAACUUAAAGGCUGGACACAGCUUGUUAAGAGCUUUGGAAUUUACAUUUUCAAUUUGAGACAGCUACCCGUGACCUACUACACCCAGGUGCCAUAGCCAUGGAUGUCUUCAGCGGGUUCCGGAAUGCCAGAACAGAAUCAGCGGCUGCCGGUAACAAAGUGGUCGCCUGUCUGAUCUUAUGCUCGGCUGUGUGUACUUUGUUAAUUUUUGUACUGGUCAUCCUGGUGGGAGUCGGCCUUGGAAUAGCCAAACUAGCAGUCGGUGGCUUCUACUUCCGGCACUGUGAGCUCCAGCCCUACCUGCCCAUCUACCUGCUCGUGGACGCCUGCGUGGGCGUGGUCCUCAUCUUUGGAUCCGUGGCUCAAAUCGAUGACAAACAUCGGCACGCGAGAAUCUUCAGCGUCGUCAGGAACAUAGUCGCGGCAUUUCAUUUUGCUUGGCUGAUUUGUGGUACUGUGUGGGUCGCAGACGUACGUGGUAAAAACUACAUGACCGGAAAUUGCUUGAACGUCACCGGUGAAAACUUGACUUUUUACCCGGAUUAUACAUCCACGAGAUUCACUAACACUACGUUACCAAGCAACGCUACGUUACCAAGCAACGCUUCGUUACCUAGCAACGUUACAUCCGCUGUGAAGAAUCAGACGACAGUGAAUCUGAUAGUUGAUGUGAUUCCAGAAAGCACUUUAAGUAACCAUGGCAACAAGAACUGGACUUCAUUGACAACAACAGCUUCGGGAACAGUUGGUUCAACGACAGCCACGGCCGUGGAGUCUAGAACUACAGCAACCAGAGGUACCCAGGCAACAACAGACGAGACGGUAACGCCUGAAUACGAGUAUUAUGACGUGUCGUAUGACGCGUCGUGUGUGACGUGUAAUGUGGUGCUGACCGAGUUCACUCUGGCGGUGGUGAUCGUCCAGUGGUGCAUGGCGGCCGUCACGGUGUGUUUGAUCGUGUGUGCUCUGUCUGGUGUGUUGAUGGCCAAGUGUGUAGGUGAGUGGCUUAAUGAGUAGAUGGUGAGUGGCUGAAUGAGUAGGUGGUGAGUGGGUGAGGUGAGUGAAUGUUUGAGUGAGCGGAUGCGUAGCUGAUUUGGCGUAGCAGAGGUGGAUGGCUAGGUCAAUGAGAGUAGUUUGUGGGCGGAGCAGUGGUAGGUGUGGUGUGAGUCGGUACCAUAAAAAUUGAAGACACACAAAGCUAUUGGCCUGAGUAAAAAAUGUAUUGACAUUUAUUAUCCACACAAAACAAUGAACAUGUACAAACAAAAUAUGAUGCUGUUAGCUACACAUUCAUUAUUUGUUGGUACCUUGCUAACUUUCUCAUUCAAUGUGUAACUUCUUAGCUUUGUCAUAUAUUGUGUAACUUCUUUACUUUGUCAUGUAUGAUAUAGUUAUGCAAUUUUGGAUUUUAAAUAAUGAACUUAAUAAAUCAACCAUAGUAUAUUGCUCAUCUUGUAAAAGUGU